CGUGCAUCUUAUGAUACACAAUGUCCUUUACAGGAGCAGUUUAAGGAAAGCAGCCAGUCUUUUGUAUUCCGUCUACAGGUGCCUGAUGAUUCAACCCUAUAUGGAUGCUGCGUAUUAGUUGAAGAAAUUGUACAGAAACCUUCCAACUUGGUUUCCAUGCUUUUGGGAGAGAAGCCCUCCUUUUCAUCCUUGAGCCGUUACAUAGUAACUACACCACGGUGCUAUUGUCUACUCUCGAAGCUUCCAUUCUUUGAUUUACAUUUUGGUGUACUCAGGAGUAUAUUCAUUGAGGAAAGGUUGGAAUUGCUAACAAAAGGCGUUGACAUGCUAAAUUUGCUGUCUUCAAAAGAAACCAAUGAGGAUGACGGUACUGAUAAACUAACUGAUGGUCCAAAAGAGGAGCAAUACUUUGCUGAUGAUGCAGUAGACCAGACCAACUCUGCUGAAUUGAGUAUCGAAGAAUCUUCACCUAAAAGAAUCUUAGAUAAUAGAAGUUUGGCGGAAGACCAACCACUUGAAUGGGAAAUAGAUUCCAAGAAAGUCAUUGAGAAUGAAAAUAACAAUGAAAUUAAUCAAGGAGGAGAGGAUGUAACUGGAAGUGAAACUGGGGUCAUUGCUCCAGGUGAAUGUGAUAAUUUUGUUGAAGAAAAUUCAGGUGACAACCAAUCUGAUGUUCGAAUAACUGAUGAUGUUUUGCCUCUUCUGCGCUGCCAUGUGUAUGAGAGCUCUGAUUCUUCUGCAAGUUUCCAGGGUUCCCCCUGUGAAGAUAGAAACUUCAGGAGUGAUAUUCAUGAUACCGACCAUGAAGAGCCAUCUUCCAUUGGUCAUGAAGAUUCAGAUGCUCACAACAACAUCUUGGAAUGGGCCAAGGCAAAUAAUCAUGGGUCUUUACAAGUGAUUUGCGAGUAUUACCGGUUAAAAUGCCCUCGCAGAGGUUCAUCACUUGCCUUCCAGCCCUUAGAGCACUUGCAUCCUUUGGAGUUUAAUAGGCCUGGCGAGACAACUCUUUCUAUUGCUGGUUCUCAGAUUGAUGUUAGGUCUUGCAGUACAAGCUUCGAGGUGGCUGAGGUAAAUAAUGCUCUUCUAGCCGAGGAGGAAUCAACUGCUUUAUCUGUAUGGACCAUUGCAUGCUUAUGUGGGUGCUUGAGGCUUGAGAAUGUAUUGACUUUGUUUGCUGCAGCACUAUUAGAGAAACAAAUUGUUGUCAUUUGCUCUAAUAUGGUAUUGUUGCCUCGUUACUUUUCCUUUUUCUUGUAACAUGAUGG